GAACCUCUAUGUAUUUGCUCAAAAAAGCAGAACCAGUAUAAUGUGACGCAUGGUCACGUACAAGGUCAUAUGCCUCAUGACGUAACAGCUAACUUGCGUGAGAUUAAACGUAUCACAUGACAUUUGCAAAAAAAUAAAAUUUUUCUGUAGGUAUUCGCGACAUCGUUUCCAGAUGACGAUUGCUGAGAGAAGUACUGGAGGGGAGCACCCAGUACUGUCACAACGCAGGCUCUUGGACUGCACAAAUGCUGCUGAUACAGGGUCAGAUGAAACUGGACCAGAAAGGAAUCUCAUUCAGGGCUCAAAUGAAGCCUUGCAUCACCAAGGUAGAAGGCUAUUGUCCAGACCAACUGUUGAACCGGCAGUAUUUCUUUUCCUAGCAGCAUCAGCAGUAUCAAGCACAGUUACGCAGACAUUAUUCUUGCAACGUGUAUGUGAAGAAGAUUUGGGUUACAAUGCAACUGUGUGCUCUCACCUCGAUUCCACUAAUAAUACUUCAGAACAACCUCAUACUGCUAGCCUGCUCAUGAGCAAGACUUUACUGGAAACUUUGUUGCCAGCUACACUAACCCUUUUCUUGGGCCCCUGGAGUGACCGACAUGGCCGAAAACCUCUGCUUCUCUUCCCCUUGAUAGGUCAUGCAACAACAUAUGCAGCAUAUGCUGGACUCUCUACUAUAGACCAUUUGCCACCACACUAUUUACUUCCUGCUUCCAUACCGAUUGCUCUAACUGGUGGCUUUAUUGCAUUGAUCUUAUCUUCGUACAGCUACAUUGCUGAUGUAAGUCAUGCUGAUAAAAGAGGAUUGAGGCUCAGUUUAGUGGAAGUAUCUGUGAGUCUGAGUGCAAUCACUGGCAAUGCAGUAUGUGCACCAUUGUAUAAAGCCUAUGGAUUUGUUGGCAUAUUUACAACUGCAGCUGGUCUGUGUUUGGUGGGCUUCUUUUACGUACUGUUCCUGCUACCAGAAUCAAUCACUCCACCACAUUCUCAGUCAGAGAAUACAAAUGUGAAAUGUGUAUUUCUUCAAGAGACAGUAGUGGAAGUUUUUAAGGUGAGCUUCAAAUGGCGACCAAACUAUGGGCGUGCCAUUGUACUAUUGGCAGCUACAGCACUGUCAUUCUAUGUUGUAACACUAAUAGGAGAAGGUGGCAUUAUGUACCUAUACACAAUCAAGAAGUUUGGGUGGACUGUUGAAGAUUAUACGAGGCUAUCCAUAGCUGCUCUUUCCAUGUCAGCAAUUUGUACAUUUGGAACUAUUUACAUUUUUGUAAAUGUUCUUCACUUUUCUGAAACACUUGUUGCUGCAUUUGGUUUCGUUUGCAAGAUCAUAUCUGCAUUUCUGGCAGCUUUUUCACCGUAUUCAUGGUACCUGUACCUAGCUGCCCUGGCUAAUGCUUUUGGAGGAAUCUGUACAUCACUUAUAAGGUCAACAAUGUCUAAGACUGUUCCACCCAGUGAAGUAGGUAGUGUAUUCUCCCUGACUGCAGCCCUGGAGUCUGUUAUGCCAUUGGUAGCAUCGCCUCUCUACACAGCUGUGUACAAUGCCACCAUUGCAAGUUUUGCUGGGGCAUUCUACCUGAUGUCUGCAGUUUUCUACACUGUUAAUGUUGGACUCUCAUUGGCACUAGCAUGUUUACAACACAAGUGCUCACGAUCCGGCUAUUAUGAAGAGUUGCCAAGCAAUGAUAGCUGUCCUGGAUCUGUAGAUGCUUAAAGUAUCAAUGUUUUCCAUUAUUCAUAUCUACUUAUUGAAUUAAGCCAUGAAAAGUUGUCAGUUACUUCAUCUUGUGGUAAUAUAAUUCUUUGGACCACAAAAAACUCUGAACAGGAAAUUGUGUGGCAAUCUAAUUGUAACAGUAAAGGAAGUAAAAUUUAAUAUUUUGUGAUGCAGUAAGUCUGUGUGUGUGUGUGUGUGUGUGUGUGUGUGUGUGUUUGUUUGUGUGUGUGUUUGCGUGUAAGGGGCCGGGGGGUCACAUACAAAUGUUUGUGUGUUGGCUUGUUUUUGUAUGUUGAAAUUGAUGUGAAAUUGUACAGCAUGAAAGACAAAUCUUGACUGUAACAGUGCAUUUCCAGUUUCAUGGAUGGUGAGAAAAUACAAAGAAAGAUGGUGAAAUGCUAAUGUAUUCAAACCAUGUUUAAAAGCACAAAUACAUAUUUUAAUUUGAAGAAAAUACAAAGAAAGAUGGUGAAAUGCUAAUGUAUUCAAACCAUGUUUAAAAGCACAAAUACAUAUUUUAAUUUGAAGAAAUGCACAUGGUACAGUGGAUCCUAACCUGUCUGUGACUAUUACCUCUGUAUGACAAGUAGUACCAGACAGUACCUUAACAAAGUCUGCCAUCCAUCUAAACUUUAACUCGAAAAGGGCAUUAAAACUUUAUUUUUAUAGUAACAACAGAAAAAGAAUAUUUAUUUAAUUUUGAAAUACAUAUUUUUGGUGAUGUCACUCAGUGCACAUUUUCAGUCCUUCCUUGCUUUUAUUUUCAUUGCUACCAAGACAAAAACUACUUUCACACUUACAAGUUUGGCUUUUGCUGAUAAUAAAUGAUACUCAAGGCCAGCCAUCUGAAAAGAAUCUUGCCAACCAGUUGUUGCCAUUGUGUAGUCUAAUAAAUAGCAAUUUGGCUCAAAUUUUGCUAUUUGAAAAUAUUAUUUCCUUCAGCGAAAAUAAUAUUUGUAACUGUUUGCUAUCAGUGUAUAUUACCAGGUACUGAGACAUGGACUUUUAAUACAAAAACCACACAGAAAAUGAGGGUGUAAAGGGUGCAAUGAAAUGUUGCAUUUUGAGAAUUAUUCUGUGAGACAUGAAAACAAGAAAAAGGAUCUGCAAACAGACUGAUGUCAUAACUGUUGCAGUCUAAGAAAAGGAUGAAAUAAACAGAUUUUUUGAAAAUAGCCUCAUCACAGGUCAUUGUGCUCACUGCUGAGCAUUGUGACCCUAUGAACGAAGUGUCUCCAUCCUGUACGGUUACCAGUUUCUUAGAGCCUGCUGAAGACCAAGGCCAGAGAUCCUCUUGAUUUGAUCAAUCCGCCUGUUUGCUACUCUUCCCCCAGUUCCUUGCCUGCCGUCUUACCUUCCAUGAUUACGUUCUCUAGAUUUUCUCCAUAUCCUCUUACAAUAUGGCCAAAGAUGUGGAGAAUUUUUUGAUUGAGACGAUAAGAAAGGCACAUGGAGAUAUUGAGAAGCUCAAUAAUGGACACAUUUGUUCUUCUUUCAGUCCACUUUAUGUGCAGUGUCCAGCUCCGAAGCUUGAAUGUGUUAAUGUGCUUUUUGUCUCUGGCUUUAAGGGUCCAUGUCUUGCAACCCUAAGAGAAGACAGAAAACAUGAGUGUUUCAACAAGCUCUGCCAGACCCAGGUGAGGUUCUUUAUGCCGUAGUGUGAUCCAUCUUCGUAUCUCAUCUUCACAGCUUCUCAUAUUACAGUUGGUUGCCCCAAGAUAGAUGAAAGAAUAGAUGACUUCUAGUUCCUUUAAUUGACCAAUGAUUUCUACCUGUACUUCUCAAUCAGUUAUCACAAGAUUGGACUCGCUGAGAUUGAUGCCAAUCCAUGUUAUAGGCUAAUGUCUUUUACUUUUGCUAAUAGCUUAGCAAGUUCAUCUUUGCUGCUGACUAAAAGCACAGUGUUGUCAGCAAAUCAGAGGUUGUUGCCACUAAUUGAGAUGCUUUUAAUCUAGCCACCAAGAGCAUUCCUAAUGACAUAUUCUGCAUAGAUGUUGUUCAGUUGGGGGAGGGAUAGAACAUACAGCUGCGAGGUGAUUAAUGUGUAGACUUCUGAUCAGCACAGUCAAGUGUGGUGGGACAUCAAAUUCUGCAAGUAACUGCCAUGACUUUUCCCAGACAACAAAGUCAAAGUCUUUCCUGUAGUCUGGGAAACAGAUGAAGACAGGAACAUAGAACAUUCAUGAUUUUUCAAUUAUUUGUCAUAUAUUGAGAACCUUUUCAUGAGUGCCUUUUUCCUUCAACAAAACCUGCUUUUUCUGUGGAUGUGUGAGACAGAAUGUAUGGCUUCAAAUGCUGGUUCAAGAUGUAGAGCAAAAUUUUGUUUGCAUGGAAUAUGAGAGCAGUGGUUCAGUAGUUGUAGCAGUUCCUGACUGACCCUUUCUUGUGCAGGGGGAUGAAGAGAGACUUUGACCAGUCUUCUGGCCACUCCCCAGUUUCCCAUAUUCUUGUACAUAUUGGCUGCAGCAUAUCAACACCAUCCUGUCCCAUUUCCUUGUUCUUCUCACCAGACAUACCAUUAAGACCAGCAGAUUUAUAGUUCCUCCAAUGCUGAUUGGUUCUCUAUUUUGCUGCGUAAGAUCAUAGGUUCCAGUGUAAGUUCAACUGCCUGACUUUCAAUACUUCUGUUAAUACCAGAAUAUAACUUUUCACAGCACUGUUUCCACCUCGCAACAGCUUCUUUUUUAUGUCUGAUAAGAUUGUCAUUCUCAUCACCUGCUAACUGCAUGUGAGGGUUAAAUACACUGGUGAAACUAGUGAAUUUCUUGAAGGGAUCACAAGCUUGAUUGUGAUUAUGAUGUUGUUCUGUCUCCUCACAGAUACCAUUAAUGAAGUAUGAUCUGUCCUUUCUGCAGUUCUAUUGUACUUCUCUGCACAAGUUCUUAUAUCUAUCUUGAUCGUGGGUUGUGUGGAGACCAGUUUUCUUCUCUCCUCAAUUAGUUGUAUUGUGGACUGUAAUGUCUAAGGAUAUUUUGCACUUAGUGGUCGUUGUGAUGUCUGAAGUGAUGAAGAAAUGACCUCCUUCACUUAAUCGGAUGUUUGUGAUGAUGAUGCAUCUUUGUCAUGAUUGAUGUUGUGGAGUUUUGGUCUUGCAAGCUCACCAAAUUUCCAAAGAGCUUCCUUGUUUGUGAGUUUUAGUUGUCUUUUCCACUCUUCUUGGUGAAUUUGAACUUUAUCCACAUCUUCAUGGACAGCAAAUUGUGAUCACUUCCUCAGUGAGCUCCAGGGAGUGUCUUACAGUCCAAGACCAAAGUCAACCAACAUCUUUGCAACAGGAAGAAGUUAAUGUGGUUUCUAAAUCUAUCACCAGGAAAUAUCCAAGUGUAAAGUCAUCUUGAGUGAUGUUGGAACAUAGUGUUACAGACAGUCAAGUUGUUACCCACACGUGAAUCUAGUGAGUACUUGCCUCAGUCCUUUCUUUCACCAAGAGCAUAAGGUCCAACCACAGAUUGUAAGUAUGUGUCUUGGACAGUGUCUCCAAUUUCAACAUUGAAGUCUCCUUGAGGUAUUGCAUAUUCUUUGUUAGGGUUUUUGCUGAGGUCUAUUUCCAGUUGUUCUUAGAAAUUCUGUACCUCCUCAUCAAGUGCUGCAGAAUAGGGGCAUUGGUCUGGAUGAUGUUGAGUUUACAUGGAGAAGCAUUAAAUUUGAUGGAGAUGAUCCUGUCAAUAACUGGUUCAUAACUGAAAACACAGCUAUUCCUGGAAAUCUGAACAGCUGUUCAGAUUUCCAGGAACAGCUGUUACAACACCACAUCUACUUUGUCCACUACACACUGAAAAGUACAAAGUAGUCUUUCCUUGGGUCAUGAAAUGGCCACUUCCUCUCCAGUGAGUAUCACUAAGCCUGAAAAUAUCAUUCUCACUCAUUUCUCUUUCCACUGUAACAUGUUUUCCAUCUGAAGUAGCCCAACAAUACACAGUGAUAAUUUGCACUGUGAUGUUUGUCCAAUGAUUUCUUUCAGUUCUGUCCCCCAUCCCCCACCCCUCCCUCCCCACUGGAGACUUGAAGCUCUGGAUAAUUCAGAAUUGAGCUCAGCCAUGGAAUUCUCAUUGAAAAAUUUCGGUGGUGGUUUCCCAUUGUCUUCCACUGACCUCCAAAACUCACCUGCUUGCUGACUCAGUUUCUCACGAGGGUUGGUUAUCCAUUCCACUGACUUGCUCAGCUUAACAGGGGAAUCAUGUGUAGGUAGGAAGUUGGAGAACUGAGGUGAAAGAGACCAGGAGAAAUCUCUUGCUGAUUUCUUCUAAUCGCAUAUCAUUACCAUUUUCUCUCGCCAGAGUCUCAACGUGUUUGCAGAGAAUCGUCCACGUCAUUUCCAGGGCUCAAAAUAGUUUAGUCAUGACUAAACUAAAAUCAGAAACUUUUUGUCUUCACUCCUCAGAAAAUUUAAUUUUAUCUCACCUGGGAGUCGUUACACUCAUGUCCUAGAACAUGAAUCAGUACAGGCAGUAUGUUAUGUUCUCAUACCAUAAGAUACACCAAAAAAUUUAUGAGAUAUAUUUUGAGAAUAUUCUGCUCAUAGACAACUGAGUUUCCUUUCUGUCACCAGGACUCAAAUUACCUAGGACUACUGGUCAAGUACCGAAAAGAUCAGUAACAUAACAAACUGAGUUGGUGCAUUGGCUAAAAGAUUUGUGUCAUAUUCAAGGGAAUCUUGUUUCAAAUUCUUGUCCAGCCAUCCAGAUGUAGGUUUUAUUUGUUUUCUUUAAAUUUUGUCAGAUGCUGGAAUAGUUUCUUCAUUUAGGCCACACUUGAUUCCCUCCCAUAUUUUUGUUCAGUCAGAGAUUGUGCUCUAUCACAUGAAUUUGAUCUCAACUGUAAUCUCUUCUACUUUUUAGUAGUGACAAUAUAUGCACAUUUCAUCUAAUGAAUUUUGUGAGGGUUCGGCAAAUUAAGUAAAAAAAAUUGUGGGACAAGGAAACACAAAGAUAAUGACAAAUCAUAACAGCAGUGGGAAAGAGAGGGAAUGGAAAUAUCUAGGACAGAAAGUAAAAGGAUAUCUGCGUCAACCAAUUCCAUUGUAGAACUCUAAAAACAGUAGUGCUUGGAGCCAACAUUCACUUCAUGUGAAGUGCAUAAAAUAUUACCAAGACCCAGUGGAUAACAAGAUGUCAACAUCUGCAAACUUCUUAGCCCCAAAUGUUCAUUAGUUGCAGACCUUCAAUUUCACAAUUUCAGAUCACAUUGUGUGCCUUUAUUUACUUGCAGCUGCCUGAAGUGUGCACUGUUAAAGGGUAACUGUGCUGUUUGUGAGUGGUACCUAGCAUUUAUAUCUUAUGCCAGGUCUCAACUGCCUAAACAGUAUGUUACUGCAGGAAUAUUAAUCACAGUUUUGUCCUUCUCCAAGAACUGCACCAGUAUAUGAGCUCCCCAACUACCCAAAAGAUCAUCUGCGUGACUUUCCUAUGAAUGCUUAUGUUAGGAAUGUUUUCUUAGUAAUAAACAAAGUAUUCUUUCACUCUAUGAAAUACCUCUUACUCGUUGGUUCAUAAUGGUGCAUCUUGAUCCAUCUUUUACUGUACUUUCAAACAAUGGACACUCCAGGUAGGAUUAUCAACAAUGUAGGAAAAGACAGAUUGCUACUUGCUGUAAAGAAGACGUGUCACAUUGUAGACCAACACAAUUAAAAGACACUUAUGUAAGGUUUUCAGUCACAGCCUCCAUGAGUAAAAAGGAGACAUAGAUCAUUCAUACACAUGCAAGUAUUUGCUUGUGUGGAUGAAUUGUGUGUGUCUCCCUUUUACUGAUGAAAGCUGUGACCAAAAGCUUUAUGUAGGAGUCUUUUACUGUAGUUUAAAAUCAAACAGUGUAAAAUCCAGGAUGGCAUGUAACAAUAUUAUGAAAAGGAAAGUGGCUUUUCACCAUAUAGCGAAGAUGCUGAGUCACAGAUAGGUGCAACAAAAAGACUGUCGCAAAUAAAGCUUUAGGCCAG